GCCACCUCCUCCCUGCCCUCCUCCACCCUCCUCCUGCUGUCACCACUCACCGCUCAUAGCCUUGAGGGGGUGGGGACCCCAGGGCUGGACACACCCCACUGUGGCUCCAGAGCCUAGCUGGUCGGACGGACGCACGGUUGGACGCAGGAACCCGGAGCCCCGAGGUGGGCAGUGUGCCAGGGUCCCUCACAGCCUCCUCAAGGCCUCCCUCCCCCAACCUGGCCGAUGAGGAGGAGCCUCAGCCCUCAGGCCAACAGUGCAGAGCGCCAUCCAGGCUAUGAGCAUCAAGACAGCAUUGCCCGCGGCGGAGCUGGGCUUAUACUCCCUGGUGCUGAGUGGGGCUCUGGCCUAUGCUGGUCGGGGUCUCCUUGAAGCUUCACAAGAUGGGGUCCACAGGAAGGCUUUCCGGGAAUCUGUGAGACCUGGCUGGGAGUACAUUGGCCGGAAGAUGGACGUGGCUGACUUCGAGUGGGUGAUGUGGUUCACCUCCUUCCGAAACAUCGUCGUCUUCGCCCUCUCUGGACAUGUGCUGUUUGCUAAACUCUGCACGAUGGUUGCCCCCCAGCUCCGCUCCUGGAUGUAUGCCAUGUAUGGGGCCCUGGCUGUGCUGGGCACGAUGGGCCCUUGGUACCUGGGGCUGCUGCUUGGCCACUGUGUCAGCCUCUAUGUGGCCUCACUUUUGGGCCAGCCCUGGCUCUGUCUUGGCCUCGGCCUGGCCAGCCUUGCCUCCUUCAAGCUGGAUCCCCUCAUCUCCUGGCAGAGCGGGUUUGUAACAGGCACUUUUGAUCUUCAAGAGGUGCUGUUUCACGGGGGCAGCGGUUUCACCGUGCUGCGUUGUACCAGCUUUGCGCUGGAGAGCUGUGCCCACCCUGACCGCCGCUACUCCCUAGCUGACCUGCUCAAGUACAACUUCUACCUGCCUUUCUUCUUCUUCGGGCCCAUCAUGACCUUUGAUCGCUUCCACGCCCAGAUGAGCCAGGUGGAGCCGGUGAGGCGCGAGGGUGAGCUGUGGCGCAUCCGGGCCCAGGGCGGCCUCAGCGUCGUGGCCAUCAUGGCCGUGGACAUCUUCUUCCACUUCUUCUACAUCCUCACCAUCCCCAGUGACCUCAAGUUUGCCAACCGCCUCCCGGAGAGCGCCCUCGCUGGCCUAGCCUACUCAAACCUGGUGUACGACUGGGUGAAGGCGGCCGUCCUCUUCGGCGUGGUCAACACAGUGGCGCGCCUUGACCACUUGGACCCUCCCCAGCCUCCUAAGUGCAUCACCGCUCUCUAUGUCUUCGCCGAAACGCACUUUGACCGUGGCAUCAACGACUGGCUUUGCAAGUAUGUGUAUGACCACAUUGGUGGGGAGCACUCCGAGGUGAUUCCAGAGCUGGGGGCCACCGUGGCCACCUUUGCCAUCACUACUCUGUGGCUUGGACCUUGUGAUACUGUUUACCUGUGGUCAUUCCUUAACUGCUUUGGCCUCAACUUUGAACUCUGGGUGCAGAAGCUGGCCGAGUGGGGGCCCCUAGCACAAAUUGAGGCCUCUCUGUCGGAGCAGAUGUCUCGCAGGGUCCGGGCCCUCUUUGGGGCCAUGAACUUCUGGGCCAUCAUCAUGUACAACCUUGUAAGCCUGAACAGUCUUGAGUUCACAGAGCUGGUUGCCAGGCGCCUGCUACUCACAGGGUUCCCCCAGACCACUCUGGCCGUCCUAUUUGUCACCUACUGUGGUGUCCAGCUGGUGAAGGAGCGAGAGCGAACCCUGGCCCUAGAGGAGGAGCAGAAGCAGGACAAAGAGAAGCCGGAGUAGGUGGGAGGAGGCAGAGGGGAGAGGGAUAGGCUCUGCUCAGCUAUUUCCGGGCCCAGGCCCAGGCCCAGGCCAGGCCGGAUGGGGCCUGACCGCUAGAAUAAAAGACUUUUCUACCACA